AUGGACAGCAAAGAUGCCAGCAACAUGUUGGCCCCGCCAGCUGUGACCUCUCUCCGAGCACAGUCGGCUGGGGUCAUGGAGCGGACAUUUUCCGAAGACAUCAGAGAGGAACGAGAGGAGCUUCGGGAGGCUGCCGAGCAGACGCUCAAUGUCAUCAUGGACCUCAACCUCGACGGCACGAUACGAUGGGUCAGUCCCUCGUGGUCUGAGGUCAUCGGGACCACGGCAACCUCUGUUCCGGGCACAAGCAUCAGCGACCUGAUCCUCGGUGACAACAAGAGUGUCUUCUUAGACGUUGCCGAGGCCAUGAGAUCCGACGACUCGCGCAGCCAAAGGGUUCGCUUCGCCGUUCAUGCAGGCCCCCUGUCGCGACUGUUGUCGAUCGACGACCUCCAGGAUCCUCAAGGCUCGCCUGAAGAGCGCCCCGCACACGCCAUUGAGCUGGAGGCCCAAGGCAUUAUGGUGUACGACGUGGUGUCGGGAGGAGAGAGCCAUACUAUGUGGAUGAUUCGACCCUGGAUCGCGCCCCGCGAAAUCCAAAUUGACCUACCCGCCGUCAUUGUCGACAGCUUGGGAUCCGGGGCUGAGGUCCUCGCCAGCUACCUGACCCAGCUCGCCGAGUCUGGCGUAGAAGAUCCCGAGAACCACCCACCACCACUGCCAGUCUUGUGUCGCAUAUGCGAACGUCAAAUCUCGCCCUGGUGGUUCGAGAAGCACACAGAUCUGUGUUUGCAGGAGCACAGGGCCGAGAUGGACGUACAAAUGGCUCAGGAGAACCUCACAGAACAUCGACAUGCCAUUGUCAAGGUCCUCGACGCAUUAGAGGCCAGGAAGAGUCGCUCCUUGACAGGUGAACAACCGUCGCUUCCCCUCGCCGAGUACAAGGGCCUGGCCAUCGGACCACCUCCUUCGAGCCAGUCGUCGCCGGGCACAUCAGUGUCUCAGUCGAGAGACCGGUCUGGCACGGGCGGCUUUGGUCAUGCCAGGGCUCGCUCGUUUGCCAUCCGCCGUCCACAGGCCAGAAUCGUGGAACUCUUGGUGGACCUUUGUGACACGGCCAUAGAAGUAAGCACGCCAGCCAUCAAGGAGUCGUCCUCUCAUGCACCUGGGGAGCUCCGAACGCAGUCGCCGCAAUCCGAAUCGCGCAUCUCUCAGGUCAUGCACUGGCAGUCGCCGAGCACAAACACGCUGGAACAGGAGACAGGACUGGCCCUGCUUUGCGCUGAUACGGAGAAGGCUGCCAAGGCAAAAGUUGAAGCUGUUUUUCGGCACCGGAAAAUCAUCGAGUAUGCGGAACGCAUCAGGGUCGAAUUCGCCGUCAUUGUGCAGGAUUGCAUUGAUGAGGCCAUGCGGAAGGCAGCUCGUAUCGCUUCUGGACGUCUGAGCGAUUCCACUGAGGACGAAGCGGAGGAAGAAGACCAGGAGAUCACGCCCGCUAUCGAAGAGCCAUCAUUCUUCCAGCAGGACCCCACAGACAACACGUCUGCACUGGCCGCUGCACUUCAGCAGGUAUCGCUCGGCGAGAAUGCCGACUACACUCGGCCAGUGUCAUUUGUGGGUUCCACGAGAUCGAGCAGCCCCAAGGAGUGCCCUACACCCAAAUCCAACUUUGGCGGUCUAGCCAACAAGGCCACAGCUCGUGACUCGAGACGCGGCUCCAUCAUGUUUGAGAGCGAUACUGGCGAUAGUGACGGCAGCAUCCGAUCGUCGUCGCUGGCAUCGCGGCAAGCACCGCGAACAGACUCGCCCAUAUCCGAAUUCGGCGACCUUCGCCGUGCGGCAAGCUCGCGUCAGCAUCAUCGUCGAAGUCUCAUCCUCCCAGGGACCUCUUCGCCUCGACGACAGGAGUCUCCCUCGCGCGCAACGCAGCCGUCAUCGCCACUCCGCAUCAACAAACCCCGGAACUUCGUGUUUGGACAUGAUGGCAUCGCUUCUCCUGAGGCAUCCCCCAUGAUGCCGGGCAGCGAAUUCUCCUCCCCGGCUGUGGCCGCAAUUCACCAUCAUCGACGCCAGUCAUCUGCCGCCAUGUCUGAGUUUGCCAUGAAGCCUCCUCCAUCACCUCGCUUGGGAGCUCACAACCCUCCUCCCCAAGCCCGACCCGCGCCGCCCUCUAUCAAAGACUUCGAGAUUAUCAAGCCCAUCAGCAAAGGCGCGUUUGGAAGCGUGUAUCUGUCAAAGAAGAAGUCGACGGGCGAAUACUUUGCCAUCAAGGUGCUCAAAAAAGCAGACAUGGUUGCCAAGAAUCAAGUCGGAAACGUCAAGGCCGAGCGCGCAAUUCUCAUGUGGCAAGGGCAGAGCGAAUUCGUUGCCAAGCUCUACUGGACAUUUUCAAGCAAAGACUAUCUCUACCUGGUGAUGGAAUAUCUCAACGGCGGAGACUGUGCCUCUUUGAUCAAGGUCCUUGGAGGUUUGCCUGAGGACUGGGCCAAGAAGUACUUGGGCGAGGUCAUACUAGGCGUAGAGCAUCUCCACAGUCGAGACAUCAUUCAUCGCGAUUUGAAGCCUGACAACCUACUCAUUGACCAGAAAGGUCACCUCAAGCUGACUGAUUUUGGCCUUUCGCGCAUGGGUCUCGUAGGCAGGCAGAAGCGAGCCCUCAAUAGCGAAAAUAGCGACCCCACCCCGGACCUCUUGAAGCAGGGCCCGUUUGCUCGCUCGGCUUCCAUGGCCUCCUCCCGCUCGACUUCACUGGACCUUCAUGGGAACUCGCCGUCGCCUAACCUGACCCCUCAGUCCACACCUGACGUGGGAGCCAGUCUCGGCCUCGGCCAACCAUCGUAUUUCAGCCUCGGCAACCCACAGCAAGAAACUCGCCGGGUAUCCAGUCAUCGAAGCGACAGUGGCGGCAGCGAAGCUCUCGCGAACAUGUUGCAGUCAUUCUCGCUCAACGACGCAGAGUCAAGUAGCGCUAUCAUGCCGUAUGCCAAAUCGCCGGUGGAUACCCGGCCAGACAGCGACGCUGCAAGCUUUCCUGAGGCAAACUCCUUUCCAAAGCAGUCAAGCCUGCAAUCUCAAUCCCAGUCAAACCUGGAUACCUUGAAGAAGAGUACACCUCCGCAAAACAGCAUGAUGCCCCCUCCCAUGGCCUUGUUCGAUCCAGAGGACACUAACAGGCGUUUCGUCGGCACGCCUGAUUAUCUUGCGCCUGAGACGAUCAACGGAGAGAAGCAAGAUGAAACAAGUGACUGGUGGUCGGUCGGCUGCAUCAUGUUCGAAUUCAUGUACGGAUUUCCGCCCUUCCAUGCUGGUGAGGCUGAGCACGUAUUUGAGAAUAUUCUGGCACGCAAGAUACAAUGGCCAGACGAGACGGAAUGCGAGAUAUCGGACGAGGCUAAGGAUCUUAUUAACAAGCUGCUCUGUAUGGAGCCCUCUAAGAGACUUGGAUCUAAUUUGGAGGACAAAUUCCAGUCCGGUGGUGAGGAGAUCCGGAGCCACCCUUGGUUCAACGGCAUCAACUGGGACACCUUGGUUGAGGAUGAGGCUCAGUUUGUGCCACAAACUGAGGACCCAGAAGACACGGAGUACUUCGACGCUCGCGGUGCUGUUCUGCAGUCAUUCGCAGAGGAGAUGGAGGAUCAAACCUCUCCGCCUUCGUCUGCAGCAGGAUCGGACUACCCUGAUCGUCCUCACGAUGCUCUAUCCCGCGUGCGAUCACAGGUCAACUCGAUAAAACGUGGACUUAUGCCCCUUCACAUACCACCUCACGUUCGAGAUCUGAAGACCCGACGCCUCAGCGAACCGGUUGUGGCGGAUGAUUUCGGCUCGUUCGCCUUCAAGAACUUGCCGGUUUUGGAGAAGGCCAACAAGGACGUCAUCCAGAAGCUGCGCGCCGAAGCCUUGGCCUCGCAAAACAAACCCUCUACUAGCCCGGGGGGUAGCGUUACCUCGCCCGGAGGUUCGACAGGCUUGGAGGGCAGCCCGGUCAUGUCAAUGCCUGUGCAGAGAACAAUUUCGAACGCCAAAGCCAGGCCACAAUCGCCCUCUGGACUGAGCGUGGCCAACUCGUCGCCCAGCCGAGCGUCUCAGCCAUCCUCGCCGCUCUUGGUGUCCUUUGUGACUGGACAACAAGGGGAAGGACGACGCAAGGCAUCGAGUACAUCCUCCGGCCUCUCGCAGCAAUCGAUCACUUCACCUCAGUGCAACGGGGCGAUCGACAUCCCCAGGGUGCCUCCAAGCCUGCAGAAGGCUGCAACGUCUUUAUCAGCAUCACCUGUGAAGGGUCGGGGCCAGGCGCCUCCCCCAUUGGCAUUGUCCCCGCAAAAGUUGAUGGCAACGCCGAGACAAUUGAGCUCUUCAUCUACUGGACGAUCCCGCUCCUUGACCGUUGGCUCUCAAUCGCAGGAGGGCAGCCCGAUCACAUCCGACGUGCUCUCACACCAUCGCAACAGGCGCAGUCAAGUCUUCGACAUGUCACCGUCAUCCUCCGACAAUGAGGGUGAAAAGCACAGUGCUCUGUUGCGUGUACAGCGCCGUAGGCAAAGUUCCCGUCGCCUCUCACAGAUUGCCUUUGAUGACGGCCCGAUGUUCAGGCCACUGGACGUGCUGAUUUGUGAAGAUCACCCAGUCUCACGCAUGGUCAUGGAGAAACUCUUGGAAAAGUUGCGUUGCCGCACCAUUUCAGUCUCUAACGGAUCUGAAGCAGUACGUUACUCGAUGAGUGAUAUCAAGUUUGACAUCAUCUUCCUCGAGUACCGAUUGCCACAAAUCAACGGCGCAGAUGUUGCACGGAUGAUUCGAGAGACGAAGAAUACGAACUCACACACCCCUAUUGUCGCUAUUACAGCGUAUCUGAAGGAGUUGCAGGCACCGCACUAUUUCGACUCGCUGAUCGAGAAGCCGAUCUCAAGCUCAAAACUGUCGGAGGUGUUGAAGAAUCUCUGCCGAUGGAAGCCCCAGUCACCAGGUCAGAGCCAGCCUCUACUCCUGCCUCACCCUGCACCAUCGGGCCUGCGCAGAGCCAACUCGCGCUUCGACGACAGCCCAACAUCGAGCUCGUCCCUGUUCGCAGGUCAACCGGGCAGUAGUGUGGUCACCUCAAGCCGGGAAGACUCGAUCAGUUCCAGUAUGUUUGGAGACUCGGAGUCGGUGAUCACCGAUGAGGUUCCCGUUGUCAUCAGUCGCAAGGCUACAGGUGAAUGGGAUGGCGGGGGCCUGGGCAUUCGCGAAGAGGAGCUCCUCACAGCCAAUGAGUCUCACAAGGCUCAUCCGCACUUGCUCACGCAGCAUUCGGCACCCGCUCAAAUCGAACAAUCCUUGAAGCCCGUGCCGCCGCAACGACUGGGCGAGAAGCCAAGAGUCAAAAAGGAGGGAGUCGAUAAGCGCACAACUGAAGGGACCGACUCGGCGGACGAUGAAGACGACGAGCUGGGUCUUGCGCGCGAAAGUAAGCCCUUCCGAGUCAAGCCGCUGCUACCGAGUUCGAAGCUUGGAAUCGAGAUGAUGCGCGCCGACAGCCACGAUAGCGUUGCGCUGGGGUCAGAGAGUCUCCCAGAACCAAUCACACAGGUGGUGACACCAUCCAAGGAGCUGGCAGGUCCGCCGCUCGACGCGGUGCCGGGUUUGACGUCGCAGACAACGCCACCCAACACGGCAGGGUUGGCAGGUAGCACUACGCCGCCUGGGAUUGACGAGACGCCGCGGCCAAACGCUGUGCAACGUGGGUCCAGCGGGGAAGAAGGCGAGCCAACACCACGGCCGACAGAAAAGACGGGACCACUCAUGGGAUAA